CGCUCGCUCGCGACGCCUUUCCGCCGUCCGCGGUUGACGGUUCUGUCCACUUGCCCAGUUGGAACGCGCCCCAGAGCCGGUAUUAAAUGGACGCGCCCCGGUGUCGGAAUCGUGUCGUGUGAAAUACAGCCACACCUGUGGACCGUUCGGCUUCCGGCAUUUUGUCGUUUCGGCUUCCAUUUUUUGGUGUAGCUGCUAGCUAACUGUAGCUAAAUGCUACGUGCUACCUGAGCCAUGUAGAGAUAGAGUUGCCACCAGAGUUGAUGCUGCGUUCCAUCCUCGCAACUCGGAGCCGGAUUCCGGUACCCAACCUUAUUCAGGAGCAAUAGAAGGAGAAUGCUUUUGUUUUGGUAUGCACUGCCCCCCCAAAAAUCUAACUUUUAAAAACCUAUACUUUUCACUAGUGUCCCAAAACAUUUACAACAAUGAUCAAGGCCAAUAUUGACAAUUCAUAGUGUUCCGUGUUUUUGUACUAAUCUCGCUGACGCGCUGUUGGAGACCUGUGUCUGUUUUGAAGUACAUUACUUGAACUAAAAAAAGAUUGUAGGCAGCAGCAGUAGUAGUAGUACCAAUAACUAAUGGUGAAACAGAUUGCAGCGUUGACCCAUUAAUGGUGAUGUCUUGUGACAGCAAUACUCAAGAUGGAGAAGGUUCUGGAAAAUAUCGUGGCCAUGGUGAAGCAGCACCAAGCCGGGAUCCCCCUGAAAAAGCUGGCCGUGUUCUACGGCCAGACAUACCACAGCAAUCUGACGCUGUCAUCUCUGGGCUUCGAUUCCACCGCGAGCCUGGUUGCCUCGCUGGAUAGGGACCUCGUUGUGGAAAGGGAACUGGUGUUUUACAAAACCCGCCACCAUGUGAGGAGGGCUAAAGAGGAAAGUAAUAGAGAGGAGGUUCUGGAAAAUAUCGUGGCCAUGGUGAAGCAGCACCAAGCCGGGAUCCCCCUGAAAAAGCUGGCCGUGUUCUACGGCCAGACAUACCACAGCAAUCUGACGCUGUCAUCUCUGGGCUUCGACUCCACUGCGAGUCUGGUGUCCUCACUGGAUGGACAUCUGGUUGUGGAAAAGGAACUGGUGUUUCACAAGGACCAUCAUUGUGGAAGUCAGGCAGGAGCAGGAGCUGGAGCUGUGACUUCAGCCAAAGCUACAGAGGACAGUGAGAUGGUCCUGAAAAAUAUUGUGGUUAUGAUGAAAGAACAUCCACCUGGGAUUCCUUUGAAGAGGGUUGCUAUAGUCUACAACCAGAAAUAUUGCCACCAAUUAGCCUUAGCCCCUUUGGGCUUCAAAACCAUUUCCUCCCUCGUAGCAUCUUUGAAAGGAGAACUGGUUUUGAUCGAGGAAGUGGUGUUCCACAAGAUUCACCAGCCUCAAAGUCAGCCCAGAGGUGGGACGUCAACAGAAGCUACAGAGGACAGCAGGUCUACAACUCUGCAGAGAACUGAUUCACCUGUAGGAGACAGGAGCACUACCCCGACGGUUACCGUGCCAACGGUAGAUGUCGGCCCUCACAAUGUGCCUCUCACGCAGGCAGGAAACAGCUCUCUGGGUCCUCCUUUGCUUCCCGCUGCGUCUUUAUCCGCAACCCACUGUCUUCUUGCUAACCUAUCCUGUACUGCGUCCAAACCAGCCGAACCACUGACCCAACAGCAGCUAUUCCAGAGGGUCUUGGAGGUGAUGGAGAAGUACCAGUUGACUGCUCCAUCAAUGGAGCAGCUCCACACCUUCUAUUUUCGUCAGUUCAAGGAGGAGCUUCCUCUCGAACAGUACAUGUCUCUCUACGACAGCUGGGAAUCCUCUGGCUCGAAGAAUCUUCCCACUAAAGCGGAAUCAACAGCAGGACCCAGCACUGAUAUUUUGCAGACAACUCCAGCAGCGACGACGAGAAGGCCUGAAAAAGAGCAGCAGCUACCAGCCGUUACACCCAGCUUCCUCUGCGACUCUGAAUUUCCAGAGCUGGGUUCAGAUGUGAAGAACAAAGCGCAGAAGGGCAGAGUGAAAGAUGCAAACCCGAGAGCGAGCACUGUCCCUGUGUUCAAAGAAGCGUAUCAUGCCCAGCUCAGAGAAGUCCUUGGAGCCAAUAUGCGGGCUGUAGAGGCCUUGGAGGAGUAUGGUGAGGAUAUCGCACGGAGGAGGAGGAGGAAGAGGGUCAUAGAUCAGGAUACGGUAAACAGUCUGAUGGAGGAUGUCAUACGAGAAAUCGCUGCAGAGGGAGAACUGGUCACCAAAGAGAAGGUGAUAUCCAGGACCUGUGCGCUGAUGCAGGUUGCCUCUUUGGAAGCGGUGCAGAUCAAACCCUGGACGAUUCAAGCUCUGAAGAACCUUCAGUACCUCGUGAGAGAGAUCAACAUGUUCAUAGAGUCCACUGAAGCCGUGACAUCUAUUUGUACCCUGUACGAGCUGGGUCAGUCACUGGCUGGCCUGAAGGACAAGAAGCGCUUUGAAGAGCUGAACCUGGGGCCUCUCUGCAAAUUCCCACUCGUCCACCGCAUGUUCAAGAUUGACAGUAACACAAAGGACGACGAUAUACACCAGAUUGAGACGAUAGACAUCUUAAAGCAACUUCGCAUUUUUCGGAGGCAGCAGACCAAGGUAAAAGUAGACCUGGCGGAGUUCAUGAAGUAUUUGUCCGACCACUACAACUGCGACUCUCCCUACGAGCUGGGCAUUAGGAUACACAGUGUGGGGCUGCCAAUAUCGACCUUGAUGAAGGUGAGUCGCGGUGAGUUUGCCGUCAUGGUGCAAGCCAGGGAGGUCAUCCAGAAAGAGCUGGAGGAGGAGACCCAAGAGCGUCUGAGGAAGGUCAAGAAGAGUGUGCUGGAGCCAGUGCAAGGAGCAGGUUCCCUCUUCUCCACAGGCAACAUUGAACUCAGGAAGAAGUAUGCGUCGAUGACAGCAGCCGAGGUAGUGCUGGCAGUAUUCUCCAAUGCAGAGGGGGUCUUCAGUCCCAGGAUGACCAAGGCCGUCCAGAGCUUCCUGCUGCAGGUGUCAGGUGACCGGCUGGCGACGGCCCUGUUUCAGCUGGCCAUCUGCGGUGGCUCCCUGGCAGUCCCACAGGACCUGGUGCCCAAAGACAAGUCACCCAAAAGCACCGAGCAAACUAAAAGAGAGGACAGACCCCCCACCUCCCUCCCCAGCGAAGCCAAAGUGAAGCAGUUUCUCAAGGACAGCCUCGCCUCUCAGAACUCGGCUAUCACCCUGGCCCACAUCGCCUCUCUGGAGAGGAAGUUGACCAAACACUUCCAAGUCAAAGAUUUCCUUUCUUUGGAGCAAGGCAACUUCUUGGAGUUUCUGGCUAAACACAUUCAGCUGCUGCAGGACACACUGGGCUCCACUUUGAUCCUGGGAACUGGCAGCGUGGCACAUGUGGGCAGUGGUUUCCGGCCCACCAAACAAGACGUGUUUGAGUUCAUCAAACAGUGUGGCGACAUUCCCUCUACUGACCCAGAUGAACUUGCCCACAUCGAGUCAGCACUGAGGUCCCACUACAGUGUCCGGGACAGUCGCGACCUCGGCUAUGGCACGCUGCAAACGCUGGCCGGCCUGGUCCAGCGCCUGAGAGGGCUGACUGGAGGAGGACCGAGCCAGGUCUACUACGAGUCCUCCCUCUUUGCCAAACAUGGCAAAUCAAGCGCUGAAGGUGGAUGUGAGGCGGUCGGGCGCCUUGGCGAAAUGUCCAAGGCCCAGGCCGUGGCCUGCUUGCUCUCCUGCCCUCUGCUGGAGGACUUGAACGAGUGGAGCCAGUGGGAGCUGAUCUUCAAACCCCUUCAUGGCUCCCUCAAAGAUUUCCUGGAAAGAAAUGCAGCUAAUACAGGCCUGGCAGCGUUGGAGGUUUCACCAGGUUCGCUGCUCAGGAUCACCACACACACAGGAGACAAGCAUUUCUCCAGUGCCGCCAUGGCAUUGGACCCCGUGGGCACAGCCGGCCACCUGGUGUCCAUGGUGGUAGCCGAUGGGAUCAUCAACGCUCCCACCGCCCUCCUGGCCAACCACAUGCAGAGCUCCCUUGCGGCGGCUGUGGCUAAAGAAGAUUUGUCCCAGGCUGAAGAGGACAUGUCAUGCUACGGCAGAGUGGCUCAGUUCCUCUUGUCAUGUCUGACGCGUAUUCCCACCAGAACCUGCCAGGCUCUUCUGCAGCAGGUUUUUUUGGAGCCCUUCUCCCGUGUCUUGGGCCAGGCCAAGUCUAAACAGGUUCUCACCGCCGUGGCCCAGUCCGACCCGAAGCGCAUGAACUGUCUGCAUCGUCUGGGCGUCCUCUUGGGAAUCACAGACUGGGUCAAGGACUACCAGAAGAAACUGAACCCACCGCAGAGCCACAGCUUCAACAUGUACACGGCAGCUGUGGAACAGGCCAAGUCCAAUUUGAUAGAUUCUAAGAGCAGCAGUCUGUCGGCCCUGAAUACGAGCGAAGAUGAGUUUUCUGAGGACAACAUCAUGGACAACAGCUUUGCCUCAUCCCAGCUCAAGCAAAGCCUACAGCAAGUUAAUGACGAGCAGGACGUAGAGGUUGAGGAGGAGGAGGAAGAAGAUGGAGAUGAGCUGUUUGAGUUGGCCUCACUCCUUAAUGGGGAGACAUCAGAUGUCAGCUUUGAUGUAGAAGGAGGUCAGGAUGAGGAGCAGUCCGAAAUGUCUGAUUCUAAUGAAAACGAUGCUACUGGCAGCCAGUCAGAGAGCACAUUAACUCCCCAAAGAGCCAUCGUUGAAGACAUCAGGAAAAGUGAGUUUGGUAUUGGUGUCGAAUUGACCGCUGAAGGCCAGAAGCUGAUGCAGAUACAACAGGACAGGCUGGGCCGCAGCCUAGAACGCCUGUCCACUGAACUCUACAGCAAAGACACACACUUUGUGCUGGAACUCAUUCAGAAUGCUGAUGACAACAGUUACCCCUCAGAAGCUGCCGUCGUCCCGUCGCUGGCCUUUGUGGUGGAGAGAGACUGCAUCACUAUCCUCAACAAUGAGAUAGGCUUCCAGGAGAGGAACGUCCGAGCCAUCUGCGACGUGGGCCGCAGCACCAAGGGCAAACACAAAUAUGGAUACAUUGGACAAAAGGGCAUUGGCUUCAAAUCAGUGUUUAAAGUCACUGACUGUCCUGAGAUCCACUCAAAUGGCUUCCACUUGCGCUUCGACAAAACUUGCGGCAUAUCGAUGGGAUACAUCCUCCCCCACUGGAACGAGGAGGAGAGGCCUCUGGAUGUAGGGCUAAACCAGAUCAGCUGGACCACUAAGAUCCGCCUCCCGCUGCGAUCCGAGAGCCAUCAGACCAGGAACUUGUUCCAUGAUGUGCACCCCUCCCUGCUGCUCUUCCUACACCGCCUGCGCUCCAUCACGAUCUACAAUCAGAGUGAGAACCGUCUAGUGACCAUGACUCGAAAAGACCUGAGUCACGAUGUAGUGGAGGUGGAGCACACAGACGGCUUAGAGCGGUGGCUCGUGGUCAAAACGACACUGCAGCCAAAGAUCAAAGAGGACGUUGAGUCGACCGAGCUCGCCCUGGCUUUCCAGCUCGACAGCGACAAUGCAGGAAGUGACGUCGCAUGCCAGCCUCAGAAACAGCCCGUGUUCGCCUACCUGCCCCUUCGCAGUUUUGGCUUCCGUUUCAUUGUCCAAGGUGACUUCGACAUCCCUUCCUCUCGAGAAGAUGUGGACAGAGACAGCUCCUGGAACCAGUGGCUACGAUCUGAGAUACCUCAGCUUUUCCUUCAGGCCAUGAAUGUCUUCACCGACCACCCAGAGUUCAGGGGGCUGAGGGGCCUCUGCCAAUUCCUGCAGUUUGUCCCCCUGCCUGACGAAGUGUUGGACUUCUUCAAGCCUGUUGCUGGGCAGAUUAUUCAACUUCUCAAGGGCAAGGCCUUCCUGCCGACACUCGGCUCAGAUGGUAAGGUCGUGUACAAGCUGCCGUCCCAAAUGGCCGUGUGUCAGGACGCGGUAAUCCGCGACGUUAUCGGCGGGGAUGAGCUCGAGAGACAUCUCUCUCUGUCCUACCUCCAUCCGGGUUUGAGCCCUGCUCCACCCACCUCCCUGCUCAGUCACCUGGGAGUGCGGUUCCUUCGGGGGUCUGACGUUACCACAGUAACCACGGCCAUGGCCAAGGAGCUGACGAGAGUGGAAGGCAUCCAUUCAGACGACGGUCUGCGCCAGCUCGCCAGGCUGCUUGUUUGUAACUUCCGAGCUCUGGAGUACGGCUACGGAGAGGCGGACUCCAUCUUGCACAGCCUCAAGGAUCUACCCAUAAUCCCCCUGGCCGAUGGACGUGUGGUGGCAGUAAGUGGGGAGGGAGUAUUCUUUCCAAUGGAAGAAAACAAGACCAAGAAAAAGAAAUCUCAAGCUCAGACAGGACCACUGUCUGCACUAUACGAGGAUGUAAACGUGGUUCACCCCUCUCUGCUGAGCUGUGUGGAGCCCCUGGAAAGUCAGCAGGUCAGAGAGCUACUCAGACGACUCGGAGUUCAUGAGCUAGAGCCACAAGAGCUGCUGGAGCAGCACAUCUACCCCUCAAUACGGAACAACAAAUGGAAGUCGAAGCCCGAUGCAGUGGUGGUGAGCUACUUGGUUUUCAUCAAGCUGCACUCCUCCAGGCAGGAGUACUCAGACCUUGCAGUUCCUGUCCUCACCAGCAGGGGUCUGCUGUGCCCAGGACUGGACAGGGUGCACUUCUCUGAGGAAUACGGCAACAUCAACCUGCCAGAGAAACUGCCAGGCUAUGAUUGGAUCUUGCUGAGUCCCUGCUACAAGCAGACAGACGGUGAUGUAGAAGGGUGGAGAGAGCUGUUCAGCAGACUGGGAGUCAGAGACGGUCUCAUCAUACGCAAAGAGAGGCAAACGCUCACGGCAAAAGAACUGGCCUCCAGCUCCUGGUCAGCUGAAAGUGCCAUGUGGCACCAGAAGCCCGGGGAGGGCUGUGUACUCGAUGACUACCCCUGCGAGGAGUUCCAUGCCCUGGCCACGGCUCAGCUGCCUUGCUCCCUUCUCCUGCAGCAGAGAGUGGCCUUGCUGAAGCUGCUGUCGACCAACUGGGACACUGGACACCAAUACUCCCAGUACCUCACCGCCGAGGUGAUUGACAGCGACGGGCGACCAAUCAAAAAACACAAAUCCUCCUUCUAUCACUCCUUGUGUCGUCUUGAAUGGGUGCCGGCCUAUCGGCCGCUGGAAGGAGAACAGCAAGAGAGAAAGUACCUCUGUCCCAACUCGACUUACCUGACCUCACCUGAGGUCACCAGACUGCUGGGGUCCCAUGUCUAUUACGUGGACAUGGACCCCAGCGAGUUCAGCAGAGCUUUAGGAAUGAGACAAAGUAUCUCAGUGGAGGCUCUGAUUAAGUACCUGAAGGAGUGGUGUGUCAAACCCGAAGCACAUAACCAGGGGCAGAGAUCCCCUGAAGACGAGCUCGAGGGGGCCAGUUUCACGUCCACAGUUCAGCACAUCCACAACGUAUACACCUAUCUGCACAAGAACUGUCCACAGAGCAGCCUGAAGGAGCUGUUCCAGCACACCCCUGCUGUGUUCAUCGAGUACAACAGGCGCACUGACGACUGGUGUUCAGGACGCUUCUACCACCUGAAGGAGGUGUGCUGGAGUGACACAACGAAUAUGUUCAAGCGCUACAAACAGCUGACGCAUGGACCUGACAGCUCUGUUCAGAUGCCCAAAGUCCUGGCUCCGUUCUACUAUCCACUGGAAGGCAUGAAGGACUUCUUCAUCAGACUGCUGAAUGUGGACCCCAGCCCUAAUAUGAAGCAGUAUGUGGGUCUGUUGGAACUGAUCUGUUCCUCAUCUCCCAUACCAACUGCCGAAGUACUACAGGAUGUGUCAGUGCUCUAUGCCAGACUUGCUCAAAAGUGUCAAAUUCGUGCGUCUGGAGACCCAGAGAACACCUCUCAGCUACACCUUAAUUCCGGCUACUGCUCCACUUUGAAAGGUAUGGUGUCUGAUCUGAGGGUCUUCCCCACCAAAGACAACAGCUGGGUCGGUCUGUCGCGAAAACCCAUGAUUGCCGACAACAAAGAGCUGGAGAAGAUCUUUAAACUGCACAAGCAGAUCUGUCUGCUCAACCUGCCACCAGCAGAGAAGAAGACUGGGAACCACAGUCACACAGUCCCGGGACAGCGAAUUUGUGUGUCUACCUUCAACGCGUGCGACCGCUCUUUGUUCAUGGAGAUCUGCGGCAUCCGUCCACUGUCCCAGUAUGUCAAGACUGAGCCGCAGACUGAGAGCCUGAGGCCCUGUCCCCCCAUGCAGGCCAUGGUCCGCUCCGUCAUCCCCUACAUCCAGAGGUUCCUCUACCACCACGACGAACUGGCCGAUCUCUACUCAGACCUGGUUGACAACAACAUUGGGGAGAAAAUCAAGCGUCUUUCCUUUGGACAGGUGGGUAAGCUGUACAUUCGCUACCAGCUGGACGUCGCUGACAGCGACGAAGCUGUGGUGGAGAUGGAGGACGUCAUCUGUCUGCUGAAGGACGAGAAGGAGUUCUACAUCCAGAAAGAUCAUCUCUCAGCCAAGUUGGACAUCUGCAGGGAGCUGGUCAAACUGUUCUGCACAGAGAGCAGCCACAGGAAAGAGCUGAUGCAUUUCCUGAGCGCCUUGAUAACCUCACUCGAUGACCCGGGAGCGCUGAAGAGACUGUUGCACAAAGAGGACAUCAGAGAGCUGCCCAGCAAUGAGCAGCAGUGGGAGGUCCCAGAGCCGCCCAAACCCGAGAUCUACCUGGAGAGAGUGCCGUCAUGGAGUCGCUCCUCCAUCAGCUCUCCAGAGGAGCUGCCUCGCCCUGCACAAGAGGACGGGGAGAAGACGCUGGUCUGCUGGCCUCCUCGAGCGUCUAUAGUGAACACUGGAGCCAGUCGCGCAGCAGGUCAGGCAGACGGAGGCGUAGUAGAAGCCGUCAUGAAGAUGUGGCCGCCUCCUGCUGGGCCUAAAGACAGAGACCCGGAGAAAGAAAUGACGCCCAGAGAAGGCGGCCAUGUCGGCCCCCAGAGUCCCCGCAGAUGUGAAGGAAACCAGCCACUCAGGAGCAGCAGCAGCAGCAGCAGCACACGAGCACCAGACCAGCCCCCCCCCCAGAAGGUCCUCAGCCACCCAGGGCAGCCCAACCCUGCUCCUGUGACCACUGACAUCAGCAACGGCCCCCGACCACCAGUGACGGAGCUCAGUCAGCGAGACGAGAGCCUCACAGCUCCCAGACCAGCAUCUCCGUCUGCACAGCCCGCUGAGGCCAUCAGCGACCAGCACGAUCCAAACAGCCUCGUCGCCCCGGAGGCCGUGGUGAUUCCCAGUAUGUUCCAGGGGACUGCGGACGCUCACCGUCCUCCUCUGAACCUUGACUUCCCGCUCUGGAACAAAGUCCAGCCUCCACAGGCCACUCUGGAGGACAUGAAGCUCACCUGCCCGAAACCCACCACCGUGGUGUUGUCAGACGGCCUGAUGGACGUGGUAGAGAUCGGUGAGUGGGGGGAGCAGCUGGUCAACUCCUUCCUGUGCCACUGGAGGGACAGUGGUGCUCCCGGGUGUCCCACGCACAUCCUGUGGUGCAAUCAGAGCGGAGAGAGCGGCCAGCCCUACGACUUCAAACUGAGCUUCGGCCCCGCGGCGGGGCCGGAGGUGGUGUACGUGGAGGUGAAGUCGACGAUCAAGAAAGAGAAGUCUUUCAUCCACCUCUCCGCCAACGAGCUGGACUUUGCGCUGAAAGAGAAGGAGCGCUAUCACAUAUUCCGAGUGUACAGCGCCGGAGACGCCCACAACGUUCGCCUGUGUCGCAUUCAGAACCUCGCGCAGCACCUUCACACCAAAGACCUGGCACUUUAUCUGUUUGUAUAGGUCUAUCUGCACUAUUACUCACACAAGUUGUAUUUUUUAGUUUUUCGUAUGCCUUUUUAAAGUCAAGUUUAUCCUAAUUGCACUGAUUUUAGUUUCUCUUAACUGUGACCACUAUGCGAACUACUGUUUUUUCAUUCUGCCUGUAGGUGAGCUAAAGUUUGCACAUUCCUUUUGUCACUUUUGUCCUUAAUGUUAUUUUUAUUGCCAACAAACUACACACAGAUGUGUGUUUUCUAGCCAGCGUGCUUUUUUAAAAUGGUCAGUGGAACAUAAUAGUGAAUGUUUUUACCUGUUUUUAUUGCCUCACUUUGACUCCAACAUUCCUUAGAAAUAAAUGUGUUCUUGUUGAACGAUUGAAGUUUAACACGUAAACAAGAGACGGAUCUACUGUUUCUACUCCCGACAAGUGUACAGAAGCUUUUCGUACGUCUUUAGUCACGAAGGAUUAUGUCACCUUAACCUUGCUGAUAGAUGAAGUGAUUACAGCCGUGGGUUAAGUUUAAUCAAGGGGAAGUUGAGCUGACUGGACGGGUCCCUCACAGGCUCCCAUCAUUCCUUGUAAUUGCACUGUCACAGUGAACAGGCGGCAGUUUUAUAGUGCGAGCACAACCACACACAAGACCACUUGAUACAGUUACUUCUCUUUAGUGAACCCAAAACUGCAGUGCUACCAGCUCCAUGUUUUUAAUGUCUUUUUUUUUCUUUUUCUCCUGUACUUUACAGAGAUUAAAAAAUAUAAAUAAAACAAUUGUAAAAAAAUAAA